GUGUCACAUGGCUUGGGGUGGUGUUGGGGGGGGGAGAGAGAGAGAAGUUAGUAAGUUAGUGUGGGUCAUCACUUCAGCAUCCGUUUCUCCAUCUCACUCAGUUUUUCUGCUUCAAUUUAGUCCCCUGACUGGUGCUGGAGGGAACUCCCCCCCCGCCCCAAUUUCCCUUUUCCAGUUACUGAUAAAAUGUUCCCCGUUGCAGCGGAGGUGCUUCAGUUGUUCUCAGAUGGCAGAGACUCCCCGGAGAGAGAGGAUCUGAGUUAACAUCCAGGACGAUCGGAUCCGAGCACACAUAGUUUUGACAAGACGGAUCUUAACAAAAACAGCAAAUGAUGAAUUUCCUCUACCUUUUGGGGCUCAUCCUGGCUGCCCCGCCAAGCCUUCAUGCACGCUCCUCCUUGCGCUUCAUCGCUGUGGGAGACUGGGGUGGGGUGCCCAACGCGCCUUUCUACACAGCCCGCGAGGCAGCUGUGGCCAAUGAGAUGGGGCGUACGGCAGCUUCGCUGGGAGCAGACUUCAUCUUGUCCCUUGGAGACAACUUCUACUACACUGGUGUGGAGGACGCCUACGACAAGCGCUUUCAGGAGACAUUCGAGUCAGUUUUCCAGGCACCCUCAUUGCGCAACUUGCCCUGGUAUGUGUUGGCUGGAAACCACGACCACUCAGGGAAUGUCACUGCGCAGAUUGCCUAUAGCAAGAUCUCCAAACGUUGGCAUUUCCCCAAAAACUACUACAGGCUGAGGUUCAAAGUGCCCGGCACCAACGCCACAGUUUCCAUUGUCAUGAUAGACACGGUGACUAUCUGCGGCAAUUCGGAUGACUUCCAAAAUGAGCAGCCCCUGCACCCACAGGAACUGGGCGCGGCCCGCUCCCAGAUGUCCUGGCUCCGCAAACAGCUGGCCAAUUCUCAGGACGACUACUUGUUGGUGGCUGGGCACUACCCAGUGUGGUCGGUGGGGAAGCACGGCCCAACCACAUGCUUGGUGAAGCAACUGCAGCCGCUGCUGCUGAAAUACAAGGCCACAGCCUACUUGUGCGGCCAUGAUCACAACCUGCAGUACCUGCAGGACAAAACUGGCUUGGGCUAUGUGCUAAGUGGAGCGGGGAACUUCAUGGACGAUUCCAAGCAACACCUUCACGAGGUCCCUGCCGGCUACCUGCGCUUCUUCUAUGGCCACGCCUCUUCUCAGGGGGGCUUUGCCUACAUUGAGAUUAAUGGCAAAGAGAUGAGCAUUACCUACAUUGAGGGCAAAGGCAAGUCUCUCUACAAGACCUCGCUGCCCAGGCGGAGACGUUUCUGAAGAUGAGACAUCAGUCUGCAUUGGCCUUGUAGUCAAUGUCCCGGCUUGUAGGCCUCUCUGAUACACACAAACGCAGCACUCCUUCCUCCUAGGGCUGAGCACUGGCAUUUGUGGGGAGUGUAGCCAUCGAGAGAGCUCUAACACCUCCUGUUUGUGAGGGACUCCUACUCUUCUGCACACCUCAAAAGACCCACCUAUACGAAACCGGUCGUGGGUAUGUAGUUCUACCUUCCUCCCAUUAGAACCUCCUCUUCUGCAUCAAAAGCAUGCCUCUCUGAAUCCUCAUAUAUGGCUCAUGCCCAGAUAUUGAUAACAUACCCGAUCCAGAGUGAUCACUGGUCCAGCUUAAUCGCCACCUGGCUGGUGGCUGCUACGAGCCUUUGAGUAGUAAACUCCGUAGGUGUUAAAUUUUCGGCAUUUCAAAAUUUGCAAGCCUUAGCGGGCAAGGGUCAGAGAUCUGCUCAGCUUAAAUGAAAUGCAUACCCUUGCUCCUGGCCUUUGUCUCCACUGUAGGAUGAGGCCUCCAUGCAGUCCUGCUAUGCCCAUUGCUGCUUCCCGGAGGGCAAAAUGAGAAAGGAAGAAUUUAGAAUUGCCACUUAACCCACCCCACCCCCACAGCCUUCACAAGCUGCCUAUCACACAAACACAUGAGAGGUGGAAGAGCCAGACAACACUGAGUAGUCAUAAUUCGUUCCUCUCCUAGUACAAAAGAAGAAAAAGCAGGGACUGCUCCCUCACUUACUAUAUAGCCUAUUCCUGCAGCAUGGUGUCUGUAGUUGCCGUGAGCUUUCAGAAUUAUCUCAAAGAAGAAUGAACUUUUGCCUACUUAAGAUCACCAUUCUGAAACUAUCUGCUGGCUCAUCUGUUUCAGGUGCAAACAGUGGGACUUGGCUACUGUUUAGGGUUGGGGAUGAAAAAUGACUUUGCUCUGUCUGAGCAGCACCCAGGGAAGCCGGGAAGUGUUUGGAUGCAGAGGACAUUUGGGUCUUUCCCCUUUUAACUUUUCAGGUACAUGAUUCUCCUCUAUGCACCUCUUAUGUAGAAAUUCUGCACCACACAGGCAAGGCCUUGCAUCUAGAGCAGGCAUCCCCAAACUUCGGCCCUCCAGAUGUUUUGGACUACAAUUCCCAUCUCCCCAGACCACUGGUCCUGUUAGCUAGGGAUCAUGGGAGUUGUAGGCCACAACAUCUGGAGGGCUGCAGUUUGGGGAUGCCUGAUCUAGAGUUUCCCUCCUGUUGACAAACAGCUCCUGUAGAUCAGGAGAUGGGCGAUUAGGAAAGCGGGGGUAUGCAGAGCACCCAGACUUAAGGUCCUCACUUUAGUAAUUUUAUUGCCCAGCCCCAUGUCUUUUCAAGACAGUGGACUUAAUGAUUCAUCCUAUCCUGGUGAAACAACACUCUUCAAAUGAAGAAGGCCUGGUAUUGCUGUGUGCCAAAGGAAGAGGAGCUCCUCCUGCCUUCUAAACAGAUUGGCUAUCGGAUGAUAAGUCCCUUCCUUUCUGGAUUUUACUUCUGACUCUUCUGUUUUGUAUUUGAUUCUGCUCCAAACAUUAGUCGCUGUUAUGCAUUUUGAAGUCAUUCGCUUGCCAGGAUGUUUAUCUGCAUGAUCAAUGAUUCUGUGCAACCAGGAUCCAGUUUUAUUCUGUAUAUGGGCUCCUUAGGUUUGGCUGAAGAAAAGAAAAAAUAGAAUCUUCUAAUGUUUUCUUCUGACUAGCUUUUCAAUAAAUUACUUUUUAAUA